AUGACUACGGGAGAAAGCCCAGCAUACUUGAUGUUUAAGCGAAACUUAAAGACAAAAUUUGAUUUAUUAAGACCUAAUGUAAAAAAACAUGUUCAGUAUAAGCAGGAAUUACAAAAGAAAUAUGCAGGGGGUAGCAGAGUAAGAGAGUUAGAAAUAGGGAAAAGUGUAUUAGCUAGAGAUUAUAGAAGUAAUAGUAAUAAGUGGAUGGAAGGAAUAGUAUGUAAAAAACUUGGUCCAGUUACAUAUUUAAUUAAAUUGUUAAAUACAAAUAUUAUUUGGAAAAGACAUAUUAAUCAGAUUUUGGAUAAUCAAAUAAACAGUAAUUUAGAUGAUGAUACUUUUGAUACCGAGUUAGUGUUUAAAGAUAAAGAAUAUCCAAGUGUAUGUAAUGAGACAAGUUCAAGUGUAAUUAUAAAGUCACCUAAUACUGUGUGUAGUAAUUCUGUUGUACGGAAAAGUGAGAUUUUGCCUUCUGUUGAGAAAAAUGUGUCAAAUGGGUCUCAGUUAAAGGAAAUAGUUAGUUCUCCACAAAAGACGGAAUCUUCACCACUUGUUUUAAAGAGAUCUGUUAGAAUUAGAAAGAAACCAGACAGGCUUAAUUUA